UACGCAAUUCAUCUCCCAGCCUGCAUCCUCCUUUCUCCUUCCCCACUCUCUCUCUAUCUAUCUCCCUUCGCCGCCUCGUGCUCCUUCCGAUAGGAACCGCCGGACGUUCAAUCGCCGUUCCUCUAUCGCCGCCGUCCGAAUCCUUAUGGUUAAUUUCCAAUCCCUGCUCUUUUUUCGCUCCUUAUUUUACAUAUCGAUGCUAUAACCCUUUCUUUCCCUCUUCCACUUUGCUUCUAGGUCAGUGGAAUGGAGCUGACCAGAAUGGCUGCUAACCACCUACUCCGCACCCGCCUCUUCGUCCGAUUCAUGGGCGGCGGGCCGCGCACCUUCCCCGGCGGAUUGAACAAGUGGCAGUGGAAGCGCCUCCACGAGAAGAAGGCUUCGGAGAAGGAGAAGCGCCUCCUCGACCAAGAGAAGCAGCUCUACCAGGCCAGAAUCCGGUCCUCAAUCCGCGCCAAACUAGCCGAUAACCCACCGCCCAACAACGAUUCGUCGUCUUCCAAUUACAAUCCCAUGGCUCCGAAAGACCAAAUCAAGGCCCUCGCCGAUCGUUUCAUGAAGGAAGGAGCCGAGGAUUUGUGGAAUGAGGAUGAUGGCCCUUUGAAACCGACGCCUCCAGGAUCUAAUGAAAGACGAGCAGGCUCGACUGCGGCGGCAGCGUCAUUGAACCACGAACAGGAUUACUGGAAUUCAGCCGUUGAUUUGAGACAAUUGAUGACGGAGUCCCAAGAGGAGUUUUAACUUUUAAUCCUCUGGUCAUCAGUUCUCCGGUAAAGGUGGCAACUUGAGGUGUUUUGGAUUCGAACAGUACUCUUUGAGGCAAACUCUAAAUCCCCAUGGACAGACAACUCUAUGUGGUUAGUUGCUUGAUUGUGAGACGAACUGGUGGAUUGUGGUAUUAGAGAAAUUCGAAGAUUUGGGUACCGGGUGGAAUUAAAAGAUGUGUAUUGUUGAUAUGUGUGUGAUUUUAGGAGAAUGCAAGAUUGAGAAUGAAUGAGAUCUACAAUUCGAGAUGUUCAUCGGUGAAAUUAUAGUUUUCUUUCAGGUGAUGGAAUCACGAUUACCUAAUUCCAUCGAAUGCAAGGUUGAGAAGGAUUAUGGCCUCUCGAUUCCAUUUAUGCUUAGCACCUUUGCCAGUACGUGAGAAGUAGUGAAUGGAUGAUCCUGAGAGGUCUUUCUAUGUCAUAUUGGAGUUUUUUCCAUGGCUUUGUGCAAGAUUAUGUAAUGACUCUGGGCAGAAGAAGGGGGCCGGAUAGCAUAACAACAGUCCUUAUGUUGUUACUUGUUAGUAUAACAACAAGGGUAUAAGGGUAAAUUGCACAAGAUAGAUAUUUAAUUAAUAAGUUGUUUUCUUUUCUUGGUUUUCGUGUCCUGUAACUCGCAACCCUUUCUCAGAUUCCGGCUUUCCCUCUCAUCGACGAGAUCUCCAACAUCACUCCCCCUCCUCCGCUGAAUCAACAACCACAUCUCUGAUUCGAAGAAUCCCAUCAUCGCCGCCGAUUUCUCGAGGUAUCGACUAGAGGAGAUCUACAGCAUGCGUAAAUCUCCGCCGCGAUGAUCUUCCCUGUUACGAUGUCCCCGAUUACACCUUAUGUCGCGAAACUGUGCUGCUGGAAACAUAGGCGUGUUUGUGAAUGAGAGAGCUCCAUCAGCAGGAUAUGGAAUUGCUAUCCAAGAGAGGUGUUGGGCCGCAUAGUUUGAGCGUGCUUGGGCUUCAGGCCCAAGAGGGGUGAGUCAGCAGAUAAGGCCCAAUAAGGAGACCGGGCCCGACCGAAAGACCGGGUCAGCAGGCGGUCCUUGACCGACUGCAGGCCCGAGAAAUAGAUAAGGGCGCCUGACAUAAAGCGACUGAAUAACA